CAAGGAAAUAUAUCAAUAGGAAAAAAAAAAUAAGAAAGCAAGGAAAAAAAAUUGGACAGUUACAUGUCUCUUUCAUAGUUUAACCCCUACUUCUUUAGAUCUUUGUUGUCGCUCCUUGCCGUUGAUAGCUUCCUUGACCCUUCAUUCAUUUUCCAUUUCCUAAGCAUUUAUGGAUUCACACGUUCCUUCCAACCCGGUAAUACUAUUGCCUCUAAUAAACUAUAAACGCUUUACCUUUCUCUUUGUGAGACUAAAAACCUUAGCUUUUCAACCCUUUUAAGCCCCCAUCAGUUGGAAAAUUCAGGGUAGGAUUUUGGGUCUAAGAGUGAUUCAAAUCAUGCUGUGAAGUCUUUUGCCCCUGCUUUGUAUUCAAGUUUGCAACUUGUUUCAAUGUUUUCCAAGGUAGUUGGCUUGAGUGUUUUGUUUUCAUACUUGGUGGCGUUGGUGUGUGAGAUAAAUUUGAAGGAUAAAUGGUGUUUGAAGGUUUAAUGGGAGCCUAGGAGACUGGAGCUGGGGCAUAGCCAUGUUUUGUAAUUGUUUUGGUGCUUUGAAUUGUUUUGGAAGGAGGGAUGAUCCUGCGGACCAGCCACAUGAACAAGCUGUUGCAACUAAAAAGUUUAGCUAUAACUCAUUGAGAUCAGCAACAAACGAUUUUCACCCAUCGUGCAAAAUUGGUGGAGGAGGUUAUGGAGUUGUCCACAAGGGAGUUUUAAGGGAUGGUACUCGGGUUGCUAUCAAGUCUCUUUCUGUUGAGUCUAAACAAGGGGCUCAUGAAUUUAUGACAGAAAUUGAUUUGAUAUCAAAUAUACGACAUCCAAAUCUUGUGGAACUGAUUGGCUGCUGUAUUGAGGGUUCAAAAAGUAAAUAUGUUGCUCUGGAUUGGCCAAAGAGGGCUGCUAUUUGUCGUGGCACAGCUUCUGGUCUACGUUUUCUUCAUGAAGAGGCUCAACCAAACAUUGUUCAUAGGGAUAUCAAGGCCAGUAACAUAUUGUUGGAUGGGAAUUUUAAUCCGAAAAUUGGGGACUUUGGUCUUGCAAAACUUUUUCCUGACAAUGUCACCCAUGUUAGUACUCGAGUUGCAGGAACUGUGGGAUAUCUUGCACCAGAAUAUGCACUUCUGGGACAACUUACAAAGAAGGCAGACGUUUACAGUUUUGGGAUUCUCAUGCUUGAAGUAAUCAGUGGGAAAAGUAGUAGCAUAGCUGCAUUUGAUGAGGACUAUUUGGUUUUGGUGGAAUGGGCUUGGAAGCUGAAAGAAGAAAAUAGGCUUCUAGACCUUGUUGAUUCAGAAGUAAGUGAGUAUGAUGAGAGUGAGGUGUAUCGGUUCCUUGUGGUGGCUCUAUUUUGCACCCAAUCAGCUGCUCAGCAUAGACCAAGCAUGAAACAAGUAUUGAAAAUGCUUUCCAAAGAAGUUCAUCUUAAUGAGAAGGCUUUGACUGAGCCUGGAAUAUACAGAUGGCACAGCACUGGAAAAAGGGGUGGUUCUUUGAAUGAGACAUCAUCUCAGGCAAUCAAGCCCAGAAAAACUGGAAAUCCACAUGAAGCAGCUUCAGCUCACUUCAGUGGUACAGAUAUUGUGACAGAGAUGCUUCCAAGAUGAUGAUGGUGUUACUUACAUAAUAGUGGAAUGUGAUAAUAUUUAGCAUUAUAGUUUUAGGAAUAAGAUCAAUGUGUUUCCAAAGGAAAUAUAUGAUCGUGGGAGAAUUGGCCUUAUUUCAUCAGCAUGUAUACGUGUGUGUAUGCUUUAUACUUAUUUUACUUUGCUAUUUCUUUUUUC